AUGAGAGAAAUUGUUCAUAUUCAAACUGGACAGUGUGGAAAUCAAAUCAGUUCAAAGUUCUGGGAACAAAUAUGUGGAGAGCACGGGGUAGACCCAACUGGAGUUUAUCGAGGAGCGUCAGACCUACAGCUAGAUCGCGUGAAUGUUUUCUUUAACGAAGCAGCAAGUGGGCGUUAUACACCGCGAUCUGUCCUAGUUGACUUGGAGCCGGGAACAAUGGACGCUAUUAGAUCCGGGUCCCACGGACAGAUGUUUCUUCCCGACAAUUUUGUUUUUGGCCAGAACGGAUCAGGAAAUAACUGGGCUAAGGGGUUCUAUACGGAGGGGGCCGAACUUGUAGAGCAGGUAAUGGAUGUGGUUAGAAGAGAGGCCGAGGGAUGCGACCGAUUACAGGGAUUCCAGUUGACCCACUCCCUCGGUGGAGGGACAGGAUCCGGUAUGGGAACGUUGAUAGCCUCUAAAGUGCGGGAUGAAUAUUCGGACCGGGUCAUGUGUACAUAUUCCAUCCUGCCAUCUCGAAAGGUAUCGGAGGUCAUUACAGAGGCUUACAACGCCAUCUUGUCUGCCAACCAGCUCCUGGGUAAUACUGACGAAACAUUCUGUAUCGAUAACGAGGCUCUUUUUGACAUCUGCUAUCGGACACUUAAGCUUACAGCACCAAGCUACGGAGACCUGAACCAUAUCGUUUCCAAUACCAUGUCCGGUGUGACGUCAUCAAUGCGCUUUCCAGGUCAACUGAACACGGAUCUCCGGAAGUUAGCUGUCAAUCUGAUACCUUUUCCACGACUCCAUUUUCUCAUCCCCGGGUUUGCUCCGCUGACGUCACGAGGGUGCGUUCAGUAUCGCGCUCUCUCAGUUGCUAAGCUGGCCCAAGAGAUUUUUGGUGCGAAAAACAUGAUGGCCGCGUGUAACCCAAAUCAAGGACGGUAUCUUACUGUUGCAAGUAUAUUUAGAGGUCAACUGUCGAUGGCGGAGGUUGAACAGGAAAUGCUGAACCACAAAAAUAAAAAUUCAAAUCACUUUGUUGAAUGGUUGCCAUGUAACAUCCAAAUGGCUGUUUGUGACAUCCCGCCAAGAAAUCUCAAAAUGUCGGCAACAUUCAUUGGAAACAAUACUUCGAUUCAGGAACUUUUCCGGCGAAUGUCUAAACAGUUUACUGGGAUGUACAGGAAGCGGGCAUAUGUUCAUUUGUACACUGGUGAGGGUAUGGACCAAUUAGAGUUCCUGGAGGCCGAGUCCAACAUAAAUGACCUGGUGUCCGAGUACCAACAGUAUCAGGACGCUUCUUGUGACGAAAACGCCAUGUCAGAUGAGGAGGAGUGCUGAAAAGGACGCACACAUAGACACGUAUACAUAACACGCACGCACAUACAUACACGCAUACACAGUUCACGUACAUACACGCAUACACAUUACACGUACAUACACGCAUACACAAUACACGCGCAUAAACGCAAGCUCCCAUUCUACACGCGCGCUCAGACGUGGAUAUCUUCAUGUUUUAAGUGCAAUGUCAUGAUAGCCUUUAACUAACAGAAAUGUGGUCCCUUGGAAAGAAACAAGAACACACGUGGUGGUCAGUUUAGUUAACAUGGUCAAUGUCUUUAUCAAUGAACCCUUCUGGAAAUUACUUGUGAUGUCAUCUUGCGCGCUAUGGUUUCUUUCCUUUUCAGAGAAAGAAAACCAAAAAGCAAAGAUUUGUUUUGACAAGUUUUCUUUUAAACUGAUAAGCGUGGCCGUACCGAUAAAGCAACAAGGCUAGCGAUCUG